AUGCUUGCCCAGGUAUCAAAUGCCUAUCUUAAAUUUUUGCUUGGUCCAGCUACAAGUAUGCUGUUUGAAUUAGUCAAAGAAAUGCCCAAGCCUGCAACCCAGCUUAAUCUUAGGUCCGAUUUUUCUUCUUUCCUUGGACCACUGUUCUUCACACGGGUCAUUCUGCAAUUAUUCCUUGUCAUAUUAACUUCUCUGGUUUAUGAGAAGGAACAAAAGCUAAGAAUCAUGAUGAAAAUGCAUGGUCUUGGUGAUGGCCCCUAUUGGACAAUUUCAUAUGCUUAUUUUCUUGUCAUAUCUUCAGCCUACAUGAUAUGUUUCGUGAUAUUUGGCUCAGUAAUAGGUUUAAAAUAUUUCAUACUCAAUGACUACAACAUACAAUUAGUGUUUCAUUUCCUCUACAUAAAAUUGCAAAUCUCAUUGGCUUUUCUACUAGCUUCAAUUUUCUCAAAUGUAAAGACUGCUGCAGCUGAUGAUUUUUAUUUGAUGCUCACAAUUGUAGGGUAUAUUUUGGUCUUUGGAUCUGGGCUCCUGGGAGGAUUUCUUUUCGAGUUUUUUGUUCAGGAUACAUCAUUUCCAAGAAGGAGGAUUAUUGUUAUGGAGUUAUAUCCUGGCUUUUCUUUGCAUUGUGGCUUAUACGAGUGUGCACAAUAUGCCAUCACGGGAAACUCUAAGGGGACAGAUGGGAUGCGAUGGAGUAACUUAAGUGAUAGCAGUAAUGGGAUGAAAGAAGUUCUUAUAAUUAUGUUUGUGGAGUGGUUGGUGGUUCUUUUCAUUGCGUAUUACAUAGAUCAACCGAACCGGAAUCUUAACCGUAUACUUUUCCUCAAAUUGGGAUUGGAUCUCCGUGUCUUGGGUGCAGAGCACAACUGA